AUGGCAAAACCGAGUGGCAAAAGGAGAGAAAACCAGGAGGCGUUUGAAAGGGCUCCCAGAGCUGGUGUUAACAAGUCGCGCAGGAAGAUCAGAGAUAAGAAGCUGAGAGCUGGCUUGAAGAGGAUAGAUGAGCAAUAUAAUCAUGCAGUUUCAUCCGCAGCCGCGACCCAGUAUCUGUUGCCCGAAUCGGCAGGUUAUUUAGAAGCUGAAGAUGAGAUGGAAAAGACUUUCAAGGUUAAGCAAGACGAAAUCAAAGAAAGCGUGGAUGCCAGUACGGCAAACAAAGCAUUGAAUCUUUCUUUGAAAGAAUUUGGGCCAUAUUACAUCAAUUACUCGAGAAACGGGACAAGUUUACUGAUCGCUGGUCGCAAGGGCCAUAUUGCGUCAAUGGAUUGGCGGAAAGGCGCUCUCCGCGCAGAGCUUAAUGUCAAUGAGGCUUGUUAUGCGGCCACGUACCUCCAGAAUGAACAGUUCUUUGCUGUAGCUCAAAAAAAAUACACCUUCAUCUACGAUCAUGAAGGAGUCGAAUUGCAUCGUCUAAAGCAGCACAUAGAGGCCAGGCAUCUGCAGUUCCUACCGUAUCAUUAUCUGCUUGCCACCGCAGGAGAGACUGGUUGGCUCAAAUAUCAGGACGUCUCGACGGGACAACUGGUAGCGGAACUUAGAACUAAGCUGGGUCCUACAACGGCAAUGGCCCAGAACCCUUGGAACGCUAUCAUGCAUUUAGGCCACAGUAAUGGUACUGUGACGCUUUGGUCGCCAUCGAUGCCUCAGCCAUUGGUCAAAUUACUCUCUGCGAGAGGUCCGAUUACGAGUAUUGCCAUCGAUAGGGCCGGAUACAACAUGGUAACAGCGGGCGCAGAUCAAUCAGUCAAAAUCUGGGACAUAAGGAACUUCAAAGAGCUACAUACAAUCGAUAACUUUCCAACGCCCGCCUCGAAUGUUUGUAUAUCGGAUACAGGUCUUGUUGCAAUCUCCCGCGGUCCUCAUUUACAGUUAUGGAAUAACGCAUUGAAAGCUGGAGCAGAGAACAAACCCUGCUUUGGAUCCAUGGGACGGAAUUAUAGAAAUACCCCUUACAUGUCUCAUCUCAUGCCAGGUAAUAAGAUAAACAAUAUGCAGUUUGUGCCUUUCGAAGAUCUUCUGGGUACGGGUCACAAUGAUGGUGUGACAAAUCUCAUUAUACCGGGUGCUGGUGAAGCCAAUUACGAUGCUCUAGAAAUAAAUCCUUUCGAGACGAAGAAGCAGAGGCAAGAGCAAGAGGUAAGAACCCUGUUGAACAAAUUACCGGCUGACAGUAUAACUCUGGAUCCAAAUGUGAUAGGCACUGUCGAGAAGAACGCUUCCAGUCGAAGAUUGACUGCGAAGGACUUAGCAGAGAUAAGUAACGAAAACCUGGAUAAGGCAAAACUUAACAAAGAUAUUCCCCAGGUUAGACCCGAUGUCAAGGGCAAAAACUCAGGAUUGCGCUCAUUUCUUCGUAAGAAGACUCAUAAUGUUAUUGAUGAAAGGAAACUAAGAGUCCAAAGACAGAUGGAAAAGGAAAAGAGCGCUCGUCAAAGAAAGCACCAGGUUAAGCAGGGUCUGAUUACCGAAGAUCAUAAAGACUUGGUAGACGAAGCACUCGGAAGAUUUUCAUGA